GCUGUUUGUGGCUGCAAUUGCAUGAAAUCCCAAUGGUGUAGACCAGUGGUGAUGGAUCUAGGAGUUCACCAACUGAGACAUUUUUCAAUUUCUUUCUUGUCAUCCUUGCUGGAGACUGAAAACACUUCUGUGAGACUUGACAAUAGCUCCUUGGGUGCAAGUGUGGUAGCUACUGACAACAAAAUCGAGCAAGCUAUGGAUCUGGUGAAAAGCCAUCUGAUGUAUGUGGUUAGAGAGGAAGUGGAAACCCUUAAAGAGCAAAUCAAAGAACUAAUAGAGAAAAAUUCCCUGGAGCAGGAAAACAAUCUGCUGAAGACACUGGCCAGUCCUGAGCAGCUUGCCCAGUUUCAGGCCCAGCUGCAGACUGGCUCCCGCCCUGUGACCACACAGCCCCCAGCCCAGCCAGCGUUCCAGGGCUCAGGACCAACCGCAUAGCCUCCCAUGCCCCUGAAGAACUGGCUGCUGCUGUCUGAACUGAACAGACCAGAGAAGAUGUACAAGGGGGAAUCCAUCCACCUCUACAGUCACCCAUUUCACUGCUCACUGCACAAGAGAAGUGAAGCUGACCUAUGCCAUUGUGUCUGUUUUCCAGUAUUAAACACUCAUGUGCUUUUGGCUUGAAGAAAUUUCUUAGUUGGGUGAAUUAAAGGUUAAUCAGAUAAUUAGCAUGGAUAUACUGGGACUUCCUGCAGCUUGGCAGAUAUGUGAGAAGUGGUUCCAUUCAUACUGAGGAGCUGUGUGCCUUUCCAUCAUCCCUUCCCUGCUCCCCAUCCCUGCUCCCAAGAGUUCUCUCCUGCUUGCACGUAGUAUACUCCAUGGGGUUAGAAGCAGUGGGGCUCCAGUGGACUUUCCUCUCUCCUCUUCCCCAUGAGGAACUUGAAAGGGAGGUCAGAGUAAAGACUGACACAUAGUCUCACCUAAGAUGAGGGGAAACAUAGUUCAUCAUACAAAUUGACGACUGUCACCAAAAAUCCAUAAAAUGACAGUACUGUGCCUCUUUCUAAAACAGUAGAUGACACAAAAUUCUUUGAGAUGGUGACAGGUAGCUGGGACCCAGGCUAUCUUACCAUGAAGGUUGUUUUGCUUAUUGUAUAUUUGUGUAUGUAGUGGAACUGUUUUGUACAAUAGAGGGCUGUAACUACUAUUUAUGUUGUACAGAUUGAAAUCUAGAUGUCUGAAGAGGUGUGAAUUGUCUUUUAUACAGAGAUCUACAGAAAAAAUGCUACAUGAAGAAAACUACACCUGAAGAAAUUUUAAGAAUCUGGCAUCGUCAGUCACUUUGUGUAAUCUGAACUCUUCUAGUUGCUGAAUAUCUUGAAGUAAAUUCCUGUUCGCUGAAGUCUUUUGAUUGAGCUGGUUGAAUACUUUGAAAAAUGACCCAUUCUAGCUAAUGAAAUGGAUCUCCCAGUAGGGGUUUCUGCAUAUUACCUGUAUAGUAGUUAUAUGCAUUUGUUUCUGUGCAUGUUCUCUACACAGUUGUAAGGUGUCACUGUAUUUAACAGCUGCACUUGUCAACUUUCAAUAAAGCAUAUAAAAUGUUGAUAAAA